UAGGUGGCGGUGAUGUUUGCUCACUGAAACAUAUGAAGAAGUCGAAGCCGAACAGCAGCAUUUCCUGAUUCUCGACGUUCGAUCGUCGACUUUUAAUUAGCGAAUAAGCUCCAUCCGGUACCGAACCGAACCGCCCUGAAGUGAAGCGAAGGAGACACGAUGAGCGCGGACAAACAGUCUAGAUCUUCGAUUGAAGACGACUUUAAUUAUGGCACAAACGUUGCCACUGCGAGCAUUCAGAUACGUAUGGACUUCCUGCGGAAGGUUUACAGCUUGUUGACCGUACAGAUGGUCCUGACCACAGCGACCUCUGGACUCUUCAUGUUCUGUCAAACCAUCAAAGACUUUGUUCAUGCUAGCCCUGCUGUGGUUUUGGGUUCAGCUCUGGGUUCUCUGGUUCUGCUGGUGGCUUUGGCUGCUUAUCGACACCAGCAUCCAGCCAAUCUCUACCUCCUGCUUACGUUUACUCUGUUGGAGGCCGUUUCUGUUGCAACAGCCGUGACGUUCUAUGAGUACUCCACAGUACUGCAGGCCUUCUUCCUGACCUGUGCCGUGUUUGUUGGACUGACUGCUUUCACCUUCCAGACCAAACGAGACUUCAGUAAAAUGGGAUCAAUACUGUUCGCCUGCUUGUGGAUCCUGAUCAUUGCAGGUGUUAUGAAGCUCUUCUUCCACUCUGACAGCUUGGACCUGCUUCUGGCUGCAGCUGGUGCUCUGGUCUUCUGCGGCUUCAUCAUCUACGACACCAACCUGCUGAUGAGGCACCUAUCCCCCGAGGAACACAUCCUGGCCUCCAUCAACCUCUACCUGGACAUUGUGAACCUCUUCCUGCACCUUCUGCGCCUCCUUGAAUCCUUGAAGAAACACUGAGGCUCGUGCCCAUCCAGUGGUUCCACUCUGAGUUUGGGCUGAGGGAAUUCUUACAAUUGAAGGACUUGAGGGAACUCAAUCUUUAAGGGAAGUUGAACUAAUUAAUUUCAGGGCUUUUGAAUCCAACUUGUUCUUUGGUUCUGUUAGAACUGUAUGGUUAGCGUUCCAGGACUUGACACGUGGUGCUUGUUAAAACUCACCACCGUUGCUUUGAAUUGUCACAGUCUGUUAAUUUGUGGUAUUUUCUACCAGGUUGGUUCCAGCUAAACUUUUCGUUUAACUUUGAGCGCCUUGGGGCAACUGUUUGUUGUGAUUUGGCGCUAUAUAAGAAACAAGUUGAUUGAUUGAUUGAUUGAUUGAACUUUCUGCUUCAUAAACAGAAUUAUUUGAAUAGUUUGAGUUUUUAUUUUAAAUGUUGCAGAUGUAAAUUGUUCUAUUUGUGAUGUAAUUAUGUCAGUUCCUGCUUCACUUUGAUAAAUAUUGUAUUGCAAAGCAUUCACUUGUAAAAGGUGGGGAAAAAAAUAGAACUCUAUAGAACUCGAUGCUAAAGUACCCUUUGGCCAUAUGGGCAUGUAAUCAAUAAAAGAAUGUGGCCUUUUGACCUCUUAAAAUAGGUCAAGGUGAGCCAUUUUUUAACUUUUCCAAGAUCUGUGUCCCAAGAAUGCUCCCUGUGAAUUUAAAGACAGUAAUAGGACUGGAGUUAUGCUGCGCACAGACCAAAGGACACACGCAUGCAAAGUCUUUGCAAUACCCAAUGGCCAUAUUUUGGCCUCUGAUAAAAAAUUUACCUGAUUUUGUGUGAGUUUGAGUCUGAAAUCCAAACGUUAAGUUGAUUAAAGUAGCCACAAUGUUUAAAAUAGAUUUGAAUCAGGUCUGCUGCUCCAAUCAGACUUUACAUCUGAAAUGAUUUCGACAAACACUGAAUCAGCUGUGUGACAGGAAACAAAGGGAGACGGGAGGGGGCGUGGCCAGCAUCAGGUCCUUUUCAUUUAAAAUGACAGGUACAAAAAAAAGGGGCUAUUUCUUUCAUUUUAGUUUUGGCUCCAAACUUCAGUAUCUUAUUUUUAAAUACCUCCUGAAAUCUGUUAGCUUGUUGAAGUAAUAUGAUCCCUUUAACUUUGUAUUUUAAAGUUAACAGUAUCUUUAUGAAGAGGGUCAAAUGAACAGAUGAUGUGGAACAGUUGAGUUUAAUCACUGAUUGAAUGCUGUACAGAAACUUUUUUUGUUGUUUUUCCAAUAUCGGCCUGUUUCUGCACUCUAUCAAUGAAAAAAAAAUCUGCAUAGUUUGAAUUUUGGCACUGUUAAUAAUGUUAUUGAUCUGCAGUAUAAAAGCUUGUUUUCAAAUUGUAAAGUGGUUAAGAGAGAAAAAAUCAACACUGUUUAAGUUUAAUAAAAAUGACAAUCUUAAAUUUCAAAAACAAAA